AUGUGUUGUCAAAUUGGAAAUGGUAAGAAGGUUUGUAUUUGGAAGGAUAAGUGGAUUCCAUCCCCAUCUACAUAUAGGGUUGUGUCACCUAGAAUUCUAUUACCUGAAGAUGCAACAGUUGAUAUUCUGAUUGACUCUAAGCACGGGUUAUGGAAGGUUGAUCUUGUAAGGGAAUUGUUCUUAUAUUUUGAAGUUGAAAAUAUCUUAAGUAUCCAUUUGAGUACUCGUAUGCCUCCAGAUAAAUUGGUUUGGGCUAUGAUGCCUAAUGGUACAUUCACAGUUAAAAGUGCCUAUUGGAUUGCUAUGGAAAUGAAAGAAGCAGAGCAAGAAGGAACUUCUGGUAAUGCUGGCCGAAGCCAGCUUUGGAAAACUAUCUGGUUAGCUGAGGUGCCUAAUAAAAUCAAAAACUCUAUUUGGCGGGCUUGUCAAAAUAUCCUUCCUACAAAAUCCAACCUUUUUCAUCGGCAUGUGCUCAAUUCUGAUGCUUAUGACCAGUGUGGCCAAAGUAGUGAGACGACAAGUCAUGUGUUGCUAUAUUGUGACUUUUCCAGGUCUGUGUGGGAGUCUUGUAAUCUACUGGUGGAUUGUCAUUACACUUUUGCUAAUGUGGUUUGGAAGCUAAGUUGUGAUGUGGGAUCAUCGACUAUUUCUCUUGCUCAUUUCAUGGCAAUUGCAUGGAAUAUAUGGAGGAAUAGAAACGAAAUUAGACAUGGUGAGGAGCCGAAGAAGAAGGAAAAUUUGAUCCUCGAAGUGUCCAAGUUUAUCUCUGAGUUUCAAGCUAUUCAAGACCCUCCAAUACCUUCUGCUUGUCGCUCCCAAACUAGUUGGUUACCUCCCAAGCCAGGUGUCUAUAAAGCUAAUGUGGAUGGCGCUGUUUUUAAAAAUCUUUCUAGUGCUAGAAUGGGUGUUCUUAUUUGGGACGAUAAGGGUCAAGUUGUGGCAACUUUAAGCCAGCAUAUUUGUGCUCCUUUGGGUCCUCUUGAGGUUGAAGCCAAGGCUAUGGAAGCAGCUAUGAUUUUUGGAAGAGAUGUUGAUAUUCAGGAUAUUAAUUUCGAGGGGAAUUCUCUGCAAGUCUGCAACUGCCUACAUGGAACCUCCAAAGCCCCUCCUGCUAUUGCUAAUGAGGGAAGGCAACAGUCUGCCCAUAUUUUAGCUCAACAUGCUCAAUUUGUUGGUGAUUUUGUGGCAUGGGUUGAGGAAACCCCCAGUUUCUUAGAAACUGCUAUUGCCUUUGAUGUACCGGAUUGUUUAUGA